CUAAGAUCCUCACCGUUAAAGUCAUACCCAGAGAAGCCUAUAUAAUAAAUCAUGUAGUUUAGGGAGAAGAGACGCACACAACAUAUAUGCAUGCUAGCUUGUGCUGGUGGUCGCCCAGUGAAGGUGGGAUCGAGGAAGUUGUCGCUGGGCAGGGCCACAUGCAGCGUCCGGGCUCCUGCAUGCCACCGCCUGAUCAGGCGAAGGCCAUCUUUGCAGUCAUCAGCACGACGUGCUCGGCGGGGGCUGGAUCGGUAGAGAAUGCCGUCAAGCGGCUGCCGGGAAUACGUGAGGCCGUGGUUGAUGUUCUUAAUAAUAGGGCCCAAGUCCUCUACAACCCCAGUUCUGUCGAUGAGGAAAGAAUACGUGAGACAAUUGAAAGUUCUGGUUUUCAAGCUACAUUGAUCAAUGAUGACACAAAUGAGAGAUCCACUCAAAUAUGCAAAAUACACAUAAAUGGAAUGACUUGCACCUCUUGCUCCUCCACUAUUGAAUCAGCUCUGAAAUCAAUUCCAGGAGUACAAAAGGCCCAAGUGGCCUUGGCAACUGAAGAAGCAGAAGUUCAUUAUAAUCCCAAGUCUGUGAGCUAUAAUAAACUGUUGGAAGCCAUAGAAAACACUGGAUUUGAAGGCAUUCUUAUUAGUACUGGGGAAGACAUAAGCAAGAUUGAGCUUAAAGUUGAUGGUGUAGACAAUGAUCAUGAAACGAGAAUGAUUGAAAAGUCUCUCCAAGAACUCCCAGGGGUUCAAGAGAUAGUCACAUACCCUGAACUCAACAAAAUUUCCAUAUCCUACAAACCAGAUAUGACAGGUCCCAGAACUUUCAUCAGUGUCAUUGAGUCUACUGGGAGUGGACGUGUUAAAGCAAGGAUAUACCCCAAAGGAGGGGGAAGAGAAGCCCGUAGAAGGAAGGAAAUUAAGCAGUAUUAUAGAUUCUUUUUAUGGAGUUUGGUUUUUACUAUUCCAGUAUUUCUAACAUCCAUGGUUUUCAUGUAUAUCCCUGGAAUUAAGCAUGUAUUAGAUGCCAAAGUAGUCAACAUGUUGACUGUUGGAAUGGUUGUGAGGUUGGAGUUGUCUACUCCAGUACAGUUUAUUAUAGGCCGGAGGUUCUACAUUGGGUCUUAUAAAGCUUUGCGCCAUGGUUCAGCCAAUAUGGAUGUUCUAAUUGUCUUGGGAACAAAUGCAGCCUACUUCUAUUCUGUCUACUCAUUGUUAAGGUCUGCUUAUUCUAAAGAUUUCAAGGGUACAGAUUUCUUUGAGACUAGCUCAAUGCUAAUCUCAUUCAUUCUGCUUGGAAAGUACUUGGAGAUUUUGGCUAAGGGAAAGACAUCAGAGGCCAUUGCCAAGCUUAUGGACUUGACUCCUGCGACAGUAAUAUUGUUAACUCUGGACAGUGAAGGAAAUGUGGUGAGCGAACAAGAAAUUGAUGGUCGAUUAGUACAGAAGAAUGAUGUGAUUAAAGUUAUCCCAGGUGCCAAAGUAGCUUCGGAUGGUUAUGUUCUGUGGGGAGAAAGCCACGUAAAUGAGAGCAUGAUAACUGGAGAAGCACGGCCAGUGGCAAAAAGGAAGGGAGACACGGUGAUUGGAGGAACUGUGAAUGAGAAUGGGGUGUUGCACAUUAGAGCAACACGAGUAGGAUCAGAGAGUGUUCUUUCACAGAUUGUUCGGCUUGUUGAGUCAGCUCAGAUGGCUAAAGCUCCAGUCCAGAAAUUUGCUGACCGUGUUUCCAAAUACUUUGUGCCCAUGGUUAUUAUACUUUCAUUUUCAACCUGGUUAUCCUGGUUUUUUGCUGGAAAGUUCCAUGCUUACCCAAAAUCUUGGAUACCAUCUUCCAUGAGUGGCUUUGAGCUUGCACUUCAGUUUGGGAUCUCUGUCAUGGUUAUAGCCUGCCCUUGUGCUCUAGGCCUAGCAACUCCAACUGCUGUUAUGGUUGGUACUGGAGUUGGCGCUUCACAAGGUGUACUAAUUAAAGGAGGCCAAGCUUUAGAAAGUGCACAUAAGGUGAACUGCAUUGUGUUUGAUAAGACAGGCACUCUCACGGUUGGGAAACCAGUGGUUGUUAACACACGACUGUUGACAAACAUUGCGCUUCAAGAUUUUUAUAUUCUCAUUGCUGCAACAGAGGUAAACAGUGAGCACCCAUUAGCCAAGGCCAUAGUGGAGUAUGCCAAGAACUUUGUAGAAGAUAAAGAGAAUCCUGCCUGGCCAGAAGCAAGAGACUUUAUCUCCAUUACUGGCCAUGGAGUGAAAGCUGUUGUUCAAAACAGGGAAAUAAUUGUGGGAAACAAGAGCUUGAUUUUGGACCAGAACAUUGCAAUUCCAUCAGAUGCUGAAGAUAUACUUGCAAAAGCUGAAGGGUUGGCCCAUACUGGGAUUCUAGUAUCUAUAGAUAAGGAACUGGUUGGAGUUCUAGCCAUAUCUGAUCCACUUAAACCAGGUGCUCGAGAAGUCAUUUCCAUUCUCAAGUCUAUGAACAUUAGGAGCAUAGUGAUGACAGGUGACAAUUGGGGCACUGCCAAAUCCAUUGCCAAGGAAGUUGGAAUUGAAACUGUUAUUGCAGAAGCCAAACCAGAGGAUAAAGCAGAGAAAGUGAGAGAUUUUCAGGGUUCAGGCUACACUGUGGCAAUGGUGGGAGAUGGCAUAAAUGACUCACCAGCACUUGUGGCAGCAGAUGUUGGAAUGGCAAUUGGAGCUGGCACAGACAUUGCAAUUGAGGCAGCUGACAUUGUUCUCAUGAAGAACAACUUGGAGGAUGUGAUAACUGCCAUUGAUCUUUCCAGGAAAACCUUCUCACGCAUUCGUCUAAACUAUAUCUGGGCUUUGGGAUAUAAUCUGCUUGGCAUCCCAAUUGCUGCUGGGGCCCUUUAUCCAUUCACUGGACUUCGUUUACCACCAUGGAUUGCUGGAGCUGCAAUGGCUGCCUCUUCUGUCAGCGUUGUAUGCAGCUCCCUCUUGUUGAAGUAUUACAGGGUACCUCGAAAGCUGGAGAUGCAUGGAAUAAAGAUCGAGUAAUCUUUGUCUCUACGCAUCUAGGAGGGAAGAAUCUCCCAUUAUAAAUAAAUUUAGGCGGUACUGUUUUCA